CCGUGUGUUGUUUGCUUUACACCCGGCUUCAGAUAAGUUUGGAGGGAAUGACAGUACAAUUUCUACAUGAAAAAAAUCUAAACCGAAAUAAUAUAGUAUAAACUAGUAUGCAUUUUUAAGUAGUCAACGUUGCUAUUGAACUUUAGAACUUGGUAUCUAUCUUUUUGUUACACAUUGUGACUGUAUAAUGUACAUACGCUGUUUAAUAUUCGACCCCUUUACAUAUACGCGAUAAUUCAGCACUAUUUAAACGAAAAUAACACAGGAAUGAAGGUUAUAUAAGGAAUCGUGAUGCAUCGUGCAGGAGAAAAGGGUGUUGAAUGAUGUAACAUUUGAAGUACUUGAAACUGAUAAACGCUAAUGACUAUCAAUAUGGACACAAUGAGAUACUGUCCACCGAAUAUAACUUUUAAUGACAUCUGGAUAGACCAUGGCGUGUCUAAAUGCUUUAUGGAUACCAUCUCGAUCAGUAUAAUUUCAUUGUACUUGAUUAUAUUUGGGUCUGUGCAACUUUGGAUAUACCGCAAGUAUGGGACAGAAACUGACGAGAAUAUCUUACCAAGAAGCAAGCUGUAUAAUUUACAAAAAUUUGUGCUGUAUCUUGUUCCUGUGUUAAGUAUAAUAAGAGUAAUUUUACAAGCUACAAUCUUGGACGAUGGAAUGGUCUACGGAUAUAUGAUACUAACAACGGUAUUGACGGUGAUUGUUUACCCAUACUCGGUCUAUAUACUGAGAAUUGAAAGACAUAAGCGGUUACCAAGUGUGCCGCCAAAUGGUCACGGAUUGGUGCUCCUAGGAUUUUGGACAUUGGCAUUCGUUGCUGAAAAUCUAGUUUUAAUUAAUAUCGGAAAACUCGAGUGGUGGUUUCACUUGAACUCCCCGACAGAUCAAAUUGAAAUGGCUCUGUUCAUUUUGCGAUAUGUUAGUAACCUGUUGAUUUUUGCUCUCGGUCUACGAGCUCCUGGCAUUGCCAGUAAUUUGGAUGAUUAUCAUACAAUUACUGAUGACACAAUUGUGCGAUCACGGUAUUAUCGUGAAAGAAGAUCAGAAAGUGCUUCCACGUGGACGAAUCUGUGGUACAAGACUAAAAUUUUAUCACCGUUUUUAUGGCCAAAGUCAGACUUUUUACUUCAACUAAGAGUGAUUUUUUGCUUCAUGUUGCUGAUGGCUGGACGUUUGAUAAAUCUUUAUGUACCGAUUUACAAUAAAAAAAUUGUGGAUAGCGUUACAAUUGCUCCUGUGGAAUUUAGGUGGGAUAUAGUACUGAUAUAUGUGGCAUUCAAAUUUCUGCAAGGCGGUGGUACAGGGGGUAUGGGCGUGUUGAACAAUUUAAGAUCCUUUCUCUGGAUCCGUAUUCAACAAUACACUACUCGCGAAGUGGAGGUAGAAUUGUUCAGGCACUUGCAUGGACUGAGCUUGCGUUGGCAUCUCGGAAGGAAAACUGGCGAAGUAUUGAGAAUCAUGGAUCGUGGCACAGACUCGAUUAAUAAUUUACUCAAUUAUAUCCUUUUUUCAAUUGUACCAACCAUCAUUGACAUUAUUGUGGCCGUUUUGUUUUUCGUCAGUGCAUUUAAUAAAUGGUUCGGUCUCAUUGUUUUAACAACUAUGGUCCUUUAUAUCGCUGCCACAAUUGCGGUAACGGAAUGGCGUACUAAAUUCCAAAGACGUAUGAACUUGGCCGAUAACGCGCAAAAGGCACGUAGCGUUGAUAGUUUACUGAACUUUGAAACCGUAAAAUAUUACAACGCCGAAGCAUACGAAGUUGAGAGCUAUAGAAGUGCGAUUCUAGAUUUCCAAGUACAAGAAUGGAAAUCAAUGAUCACGCUGAAUAUCUUGAACACUUUGCAAAAUAUAAUCAUAUGUGGCGGUUUAUUAUCUGGAUCGCUAUUGUGCUUACAUAUGGUCGUCUUCCACCAAGGCUUAACAGUUGGCGACUAUGUCUUGUUCGCUAGUUAUAUAAUACAACUUUACGUACCAUUAAAUUGGUUUGGCACAUAUUAUAGAGCCAUACAAAAGAAUUUUGUCGACAUGGAAAACAUGUUUGAACUACUCCGAGAAGAGCAAGAAGUAAUAGAUGCGCCAGGAGCUGGACUAAUGGACGUCAAGCGUGGGCAAGUGGAGUUCUCGAAUGUAUCGUUUGGUUACGCUCCUGAAAAACUUGUGCUGAAAAAUGUCAGUUUUGUCGCACCUGCGGGAAAAACGAUAGCGCUAGUUGGUCCAUCCGGUGCCGGCAAGAGCACUAUAAUGCGAUUACUAUUUCGCUUUUAUGAUGUGGAACAGGGCGCAAUUUUAAUUGACGGACAGAAUGUAAAGACUGUUAAACAGGAAUCUCUCAGAAGUAAUAUAGGUGUCGUGCCGCAAGAUACGGUUUUGUUCAACAACACUAUAAAAUAUAAUAUUCACUACGGUCGUAUCGAUGCACCAGAAGCGGAUAUAAUUGCUGCUGCAAAACACGCGGAUAUUCAUGAAAGAAUUCUCACAUUUCCAAGCGGUUACGAGACACAGGUUGGCGAAAGAGGACUUAGGCUAAGUGGUGGUGAAAAGCAACGCGUCGCAAUUGCACGCACAAUAUUAAAGGCCCCCAAAAUAGUACUGCUUGACGAAGCCACAAGUGCUUUGGAUACACAAACGGAGCGUAAUAUACAAGCAGCAUUGAACAGAGUAUGCGCUGGACGAACCACAAUUAUUGUAGCACAUAGAUUAUCCACAAUAAUUCAUGCGGACGAAAUCCUCGUCUUAAAAGAUGGUGAGAUUAUUGAGAGAGGCAAACAUGAAGAAUUAAUUUCAUACGGUGCUGUUUAUCAUGCAAUGUGGCAAGCGCAGCUUCAAAAUGAUCAAGAGAAUAGCAAAAACGAAACAAAUUCUAUCCAUGAAAAUGAUAAAAAUGAUGUCCUAAUUAUUAAUAAAAGUGACUAG